AUGCCAUUAACACCGACUCCAACUCUGACUCACAAGAAGGUGAAUUUUCUUGUGACUUCACGUUCUGUUGAUGCUGCUCCAAUUGUGGAUAGUGAUAGUAACAAUCUAGGGAAUUUGACCACAAGAGGAAAAUCGUCGAGUGCUAUAAGUAUUAUGCCGAAAUUGAACUUUCCGUAUAAUAGGACUUCAUCAUCUGAUGUUGAAAAGGCGAUAAGUUUGGCUCCGGAAAGUCCUUGUGAGAAGCCUUCUGUCUCUGGAUCAGGAUCAGUGUCUUUGAGUAAGCUGUUUGCUCCUAAGAUUUAUAGAACUUCUUCGCUACCGGUUGAAGAAAUCGGGCGUGUUAAUAAUGAGUUUGCUUUUGGUGGAUGUCUUGGUGCUUCUCCAUAUAGAAGCCAGGGAUCGAUAGCUCGCACUCGUUCAGAGCCGGUAGAUAGCAAAGAAAAAAUCAUAAGGAAAAUGGAUAAGUUUUUCCGCAUUAUUCCUUCCACCCCAGGUGCAAAGGAAGUUAAAGAAUGGUUAAAAGCUUCUGCAGAAAAGGAUACAGAAAAUGGCGAUGAUGACGGUGAAGAUAUAGCUGAAGAGGAAGCUGUGUGUAGGAUUUGUCUGAUUGAGCUAUGUGAAGGAGGUGAGACGCUGAAGAUGGAAUGCAGUUGCAAAGGUGAACUUGCAUUGGCUCACCAAGAAUGCGCUAUCAAGUGGUUCAGUAUCAGGGGUAACAAGACAUGUGAUGUGUGCAAGCAAGAAGUUCAGAAUCUCCCUGUCACUCUCUUACGCAUCCAAAAUGUUCAAACUCAGAAUACCGCAGCAAGGUCUCAGCAGGAAGACGACUUCAGGGUUUGGCAGGAGUUACCUGUGCUUGUCAUUGUCAGCAUGCUUGCUUAUUUCUGUUUCCUUGAGCAGCUUUUGGUAAGAACAAAUGUCCUCUCAUUUCUCUCAAAGUUACAACUCGCUAUUGUGAGCUUUGGAAAUGUUUCAGCCGCACAAAAGAAGGAAGCUGAGGAAUUUGGCGCGUCCUGCUUCUCCUGGGAAGAGUUUCUCCAGUUGGGAAGUUUAGAUUGGGAUCUACCACUGAAAAAGAAGACUGAUAUUUGCACAAUAAUGUACACAAGUGGAACAACCGGAGAACCGAAAGGUGUCAUUAUUAAGAAUGAGGCAUUCAUGUCUGAAGUGUUGUCUAUUGAUCAAAUUAUCAUGUUAACAGACAGAGUGAUUAACAAUUUAUAUUCUGAUUACAAUUUAGUAUCAAUAUAUCAACACGAAGAAACUAAGCGGACUAUCAUAAGGCUGGAGCAGGGUGUUCACUCUUUCACGCAAAAAGCCAUGGCUUCACACGGAGCAUUGGCAAUGUUAUAUGGCUGCCACUCAAAUUACUAUAUCAAGAAACCUGAGGUACAAGAAGAAGCGCAAAAUGGACAAGUAGAAUUGGAAAAACAUGUCAUCACAAAGACAUUGACUAAGCCAUCUGAGGCAUAUUAUGAUGCCAAAAACCUGCCACAUGUUCUUAACUCUCAUAUCCGAGUUUUUUCCCUUGGAAUGGUGAGGCCGAGCGAUGAUCGGAGGAAGCCGUUGAUAUCUAAGAUGCCUUUGUCUGGAGCCUAUGGCUGA